AUGCUGCUUGGCCUUGAUACUCCCUUUAAGUUCGGCUUGUUCAUAGGCUACAUCAUCGUAUGGACCUCUCAAAGCAUUCUAGUCCAUCUAGCUGCGAAGAGGGGCAUCGAAUACAACUACACUACUGUUGUUUUCUUGCAGGAUUUCUGCAAGAUGCUCAUAACUGUUUUCUUAUUCGUUCGUGCUGAGGGCAAUCUCGCUGACCUUGUACGUCAAAUGGUGGUCCACAAGAAGCUAGCUGGCCUCUAUCUGGUCCCAGCUGGGCUUUAUGCCAUUUACAACAACCUCACAUUCGUGUCGAUGUCCACCUUUGACCCAGCGACAUACUAUGUUCUACUACAGGCCAAGUUGGUGGUCACCGCGGUCCUCUGCGUUACAUUGCUGGACAAACCCGUUAGUAAAAUGCAAUGGUUUUCCCUUCUUAUUAUCACCAUAGGAGCCAUGAUGAAAGAGUACAAAGUGUUCUUGCAUGGUUUCGAAGGUGGUCACUCUAUAUGGGAUUACCUCCUAGUGCUCCUGCUCGUGAUGCUCUCUAGUUUUGCCGGGGUUUACAAUGAGAAACUCCUAAAGGGUCAGGACACAGCGAGCCCAAAUGUGCAGAAUAUGUUCAUGUAUAUAGUCUCUAUGGCUUGCAACGCUCUGGGGUUGAUGCUAAGAGGCUCAGGUUGGGGCCUCAUCACUGCAUUUUCAUCCGAGAAUCUCAAACCAAUACUUUCUUGGAAUAUUUUGGCGAUUAUUUUCAACGCCGCUAUAACGGGAGUUAUGACGGGCUUCUUCCUAAAGCAUCUGAACUCGAUACUGAAGUCAAUAGCAGCAGCAAUUCAAGUGUGGACGGUAGCAAUAACCUCAUCUAUAGUGUUCGGAUAUCCGAUCGACUUGGGAGUAUUCCUUUCUCUAGUAUUGGUAACUGCAGGCGUGUGGAUUUAUAGCCGAUACCCGGAGAGCCCGCCCCCCACGGCUAAGUUGGUUCCAACACAAGAGUCCAAUGAAGGGCGAGGCGACGUCGAACUUGGUGCUCUAGAAAAUAGCGAUAUAGCAUCUAACUCGGACGAGCCUUUGCCAAAGAAUGCGAGGAACCGUCCAUCGGAUCUCAUCGAACAGAUGUAUGCCCACGCGUUUGGAGACUAUAUGAGAUAUGCCUUCCCUUAUGACGAGCUUCGGCCGCUCUCUUGUGAUGGGCGAAUUGCUCGAGAACGAGGCGAUCUCGACUUUAUCAUUGCUAAUGUUUCUAUGACAUACAUCGACUCGUUGGAUUCACUUGUGCUAUUCGAUAGGCUCGAAGACUUUGGAGAGGCCGUCGAUUUUAUAUCACACAAUGUGACUUUUGAUCGCGAUGUGGUGGUCUCGGCCUUUGAAAUGAAUAUACGAGUCCUCGGUGGGCUUCUAUCUGGUCAUCUUCAUGCCAAGCGAAUGGGCAUACCAUCCGGUUACCAGGACGAUCUACUACGGAAAGCCAUCGACUUGGGGGAUAGGCUCUACAAGGCUUUUGAUACAUCAACAGAUCUGCCGGCGGCUCGAGUGAAUCUAGUUAAGGGUAUCGACAUUGAUGAUGAGGAAGUACCAACGAGCAUUUCUGUAGCAGAAGCGGGCAGUUGGAUCAUGGAGUUCGGCACUUUGAGUCUCCUUACUGGCGAUUGGAAGUACUACGAGGCGGCUCGGAAGGCGUUGGAUCAUUUAUGGUAUAUGAGGCUUGGCCCAGCGGCGCUCAUGCCUACCACGAUCUCGAUAUCAACAGGGCUGUGGAUGGACAGUCUCUCAUCAGGCGCCGGGCCUGGGCAUGACUCCUAUUAUGAGUAUCUGUUGAAGGCUUAUGUCCUCUUUGGUGACGUGGAACUGUAUGAGCGUUUUAUGGACCAUUUCGAAGGCAUUAGUUCUUAUCAAGCCGGUGGGCAACUGACCUUCGAUGUAGCUACAGAUUCACCAGCACAUACACAAGUGUCGCCACUACAGAGUUUUUGGGGAGGAGUCGUGAAUGCCAUACAAGGGCCGUCAGCGUACGCGACGUCCAUCGCUCGGAUGUGGUCUCGACUUUGGGACUUCAUGGGCGGCUUGCCUGAGGUUGCGGAUAUAAAGGAACGAAGAGUGGCUCUGAUAGCCUAUGGCCGGGACUUCAAUUUGCGGCCAGAGUUGGCGGAGACCCUUUCUCAACUGGGUGCAGCAAUCAGUGGUGGGGUGGAGGACGAGACGUAUAAGUGGAAAUUGGAGAAGAUGGCAAACGACUUGGAGAAACGAAAUAAGGCCGUAUGCGGGUACGCGUCUUUAGCCGACGUUCUUGGCCAUCGCAACGAUGACCGUAUGGACAGCUUUUUCCUUAGUGAAACUCUGCCUUACCUGUAA